UCCAGGACACGAGAUAGGAGCACGAUGCCGGCCAGAUAUAAUUACUGGUCUGAAAGGUAUUUCUUGGCUUUCAUCAUCCCCUGUAAUUACAGAAUGUGUAGGAAUCAGACAACUAUGGCUGGCGUGCUCAGGCUGAGGGUUAGAUCCCCACUUGUAGCACAGGCCUAGUUAUUGUUGUUUGCCAAUCCGGUGGCUUCCUGGUAGUCUGGUUAUCGAUCUAAGUCCAUUUACAGAUCUGUUGGAAUUCACUCGCCCCUCUAUACCACUAGCUCCCCCAGACACCGUCAACACCUAGAGUGGCUGCCGAUGACAGCUGAACCAUGUCAACACCGUCGCCGUCCAAGUCUACACAAGCAUCGCACAAAACACGACGUCGUCACAAGUCGGGAUACGUAGACGACUGGCAGUCGGGCAAAGACUUCUCGGAAACCAAUCUUCACAUGUUGGAGAGCGAGUCCCUCACUGACCUCAGCUUCCGGGUUGGCGAGGAACGCGAGACCGUCAAAGCACAUAAAUAUAUCUUAGUGAGUCGCAGCUGUGUAUUCAACCGGAUGUUGUGUGGUCCGAUGCCCGAGAAGAAGGAGGUGGAGAUCCCAGACAUUGACCCCGCUAUAUUCAGGAGUCUCAUCAGGUUCUUGUACACGAAUGACGUCACCAUCACACCAGACAACGUCAUUGGUUUGUUGUACUCCUCCAAGAAGUACAAUGUCAGGAGUCUGGAGCAGCGGUGCCUCCAGUUCUGCGAGAUGUCUCUCACUGCUGACAACGCUUGCACAAUCCUGCAGCAGGCGUGUCUGUUUGACGAGGAUGGACUUCAGGAGAAGGCUAUGGACGUCAUCAAGCGAGAGGCAAAGCAGGUUCUCCAAUCCGAGAGCUUUCUGGAACUGAGUCACGAGUGUCUGGACAGGAUCCUGGCUAACGAUGACCUCAAGGCGGAAGAGGACCUCAUCUUCGGUGCUGCCCUCCAAUGGGCGGAGGCCGAAUGUAAGCGACAAGAAAGGGCAGUAACUCCCGCCGAAAAGCGAUGUGUAUUAGGUCAGUCAUUGUAUCUUGUAAGAUUCCCGUUAAUGAGCCAGAAACUAUUUGUCGAGAAGGCUAGAGGUGCGGGAGUGUUAACAGACAGUGAAAAAGUCAAAAUAUUGGAACAUUUUACCUUGACGGAACUCCCUGUCGAACCAUUCUGCACAAAGAAAAGGAACUCAUUGAAGCCUAUUCGCUCUAUCGAAAGAUUCGGAUCUCGCGGCAGGUGGACGGGAGCCAACCCAGUGACGGAUGCCAUCACGGUGUCAUGCAGCAAAACCGUCAAGCUGCUGACAUUUCUGUUGUUCGCGCCAACCAGAUCCGGAAGCGGAACACUCUCCGUACUCAUCUCCAUAGAGGACAAGGAGCAGAAAGUGAUCCUGCACCACUGCUGCGACCGCGAGAUCUCCACCGGAGACGAUCAGUUCAAGGUCAUGCUGCCUGCGUCUAUCCUCCUCCACCCUGACACCAACUACAGCGUCAGUGUCACCAUCAAGGGACCCAGCAGGUACUGGGGCAUCAUGAACGGCUUUUCAGAGGUGCACGAUGCAGACGGGGACGUGACGUGGAAGAUUUCCCACAACUCGAAUAGUUCCUUUUAUAACAGCGUCACAGAAGGGUACAUCUCUGGAAUGCACUUCAUAGUGGAGCCGUGACGGGGCAGCGUGGAAGUGAUGCGUCAGUACUAUCAUUUACACAUACAAUGAUAUUACAUAUGUGGUCAUUUGACAAACACUUCCCUUUGUAAUGUAACUAAAAGUUGUCACGCCGCUUUACUCUGAGCAGUGUUGCUGAUUGGUCAUUCAUUGAAUCUGGACUACACCAGUUUAUUUUGUGUCGUGUUAAUAUCUCGACCAGCUUUGCCUCCAAUUGUGUUCAGUGUGUGGGACAAUCAAGGAAACCAGGUUGAUAUUACAAGAGUGACUGAACUCCCUUGUGGGUGCAUGGGUCGUCCCAUGGCACGGCUGACUCCCUUGUGGGUGCAUGGGUCGUCCCAUGGCACGGUUACUCCCUUGUGGGUGCAUGGGUCGUCCCAUGGCACGGCUGACUCCCGUGUAUACUCACAUGCUAUGCAUGUCAUGUAGGCAGGGCGGGAUGCUGUGAUACAGCAUCGCAACGGUAAGCGUUUAUGCAAUCAUUUAAUUGUUUUAUAUUUUUUUCUCUUUUACGAUAUAUUUUAUGGUUUUAUUUUUCCGCAGGGAAUAUUUUGCGGGUGAUGACUGUUUUCCUGCUUAUAUCUGCUACAAUUUGUGGUUGCGUGUCUUUGUGUGAUGCUGAUGUGCAGAACACGAUUGCUCUAUGUUGCGCUGCCUGUGAAGCCUUUACAAACGUACACAGCGCUAACGGUAUAUAUGUUACACUUUAUAGCGGUAUAUAUGUUACACUAUAUAUCGAUAUAUACGUUACACUAUAUAACGGUAUGUAUGUUACACUAUAUAACGGUAGAUAUAUUACACUAUAUGACGGUAUAUAUGUCACAAGCAAUGUCUAAAGUCAGUGAGUUUGUAAAAUGAACAAUUCACUCAGUCACUUUACAGAUUGACUAAAAUAAUUCAUUUUACAAAUUGACUGAAACAUGAGAUGAUAGUUUGAUAGAAAGACUGGCAAUUUAAUAAAAUGUCCUCGGUUAUCAAAGAUUCUGGUGAGUAGAGAUAAGCAUGCAGGCGCGUACAACAGAUUCAUUAGUAUAGUAGAAGCCAUUGACAUAAUCUACUUGGAUUUCUUACUGGAUUAAGUUUGUGACUCUCAUUACUGAUGUUUAGAGACUUUCCUUGGUGAUGUUUAGAGACUUUCCUUGGUGAUGUUUAGAGACUUUCCUUGGUGAUGUUUAGUGACUCUCCUUAGUGGUGUUUAGAGACUUUCCUUAUGUUUAGUGACUCUCCUUAGUGGUGUUUAGAUACUUUCCUUAUGUUUAGAUACUUUCCUUAUGUUUAGUGACUCUCCUUAGUGGUGUUUAGAUACUUUCCUUAUGUUUAGUGACUCUCCUUAGUAGAGUGUAGUGACUUUCCUUGGUGAUGUUUAGUGACUCUCCUUAGUGGUGUUUAGAGACUUUCCUUAUGUUUAGUGACUCUCCUUAGUGGUGUUUAGAUACUUUCCUUAUGUUUAGUGACUCUCCUUAGUAGAGUGUAGUAACUUUCCUUAGUGAUGUUUAGUGACUCUCCUUAGUGGUGUUUAGAUACUUUCCUUAUGUUUAGUGACUCUCCUUAGUAGAGUGUAGUGACUUUCCUUGGUGAUGUUUAGUGACUCUCCUAAGUGGUGUUUAGAGACUUUCCUUAUGUUUAGUGACUCUCCUUAGUGGUGUUUAGAUACUUUCCUUAUGUUUAGUGACUCUCCUUAGUAGAGUGUAGUGACUUUCCUUAGUGAUGUUUAGUGACUCUCCUUAGUGGUGUUUAGAGACUUUCCUUAUGUUUAGUGACUUUCCUUAUGUUUAGUGACUCUCCUUAGUGGUGUUUAGAUACUUUCCUUAUGUUUAGUGACUCUCCUUAGUAGAGUGUAGUGACUUUCCUUGGUGAUGUUUAGUGACUCUCCUUAGUGGUGUUUAGAGACUUUCCUUAUGUUUAGUGACUCUCCUUAGUGGUGUUUAGAUACUUUCCUUAUGUUUAGUGACUCUCCUUAGUAGAGUGUAGUGACUUUCCUUAGUGAUGUUUAGUGACUCUCCUUAGUGGUGUUUAGAGACUUUCCUUAUGUUUAGUGACUUUCCUUAUGUUUAGUGACUCUCCUUAGUGGUGUUUAGAUACUUUCCUUAUGUUUAGUGACUCUCCUUAGUAGAGUGUAGUGACUUUCCUUGGUGAUGUUUAGUGACUCUCCUUAGUGGUGUUUAGAGACUUUCCUUAUGUUUAGUGACUCUCCUUAGUGGUGUUUAGAUACUUUCCUUAUGUUUAGUGACUCUCCUUAGUAGAGUGUAGUGACUUUCCUUAGUGAUGUUUAGUGACUUUCCUGAGUGUUUCUUAGAGACUAUCCUGAGUGUUGUUUAGAGUCUAUCCUGGGUGAUGUUUGGAGACUAUUCUGGGUGAUGUUUAGAGACUCUCCCGAGUGAUGUUUAGACACUCACCUGAAUGAUGUUUAGAGACUAUCCUAUCCAGAGUUAUAUUUAGUGUCUCUCCUGAGUGAUGUUUAGUGACUCUGCUUGGUAGUUACUAGUAUACUUGAUGACUGGGAGUUAUAGCACGUCAGCAUCUCCACCGAUCAUCCUCAUGUUUCAGUCAUUUCACAGAUUGACUGUAACAAUAAUGCAUGUGAACACAUCUUCCCAGUGUAAUAUCCACUUGAAUUCGAGAGCCAGUUUAUGUUAUACAGGUCUUUGACCUUCUCAUGACUGAAGUGCGAUUAUUUAGUUCCUGUUUCAAAGAUAAUUAUUUUUCUCUCAUGGUGUCCUUCCUUGGAAGCAGCAUUAUUUUAUCAAAGGUGAGAUAUAUGUUUCUUAUGACUGUAUAUACUCAUUACAAAGCCAAAACAUGAAUUCAGUUAGGACCUAUUCCAUGAUAUUUUUAUGAUUCAUGUACCAUUAUUUAGUCCUAUUGUUGGUUUAUUUGAAAGGAUACGUAGCCACGUGAAGCAGCAGUUAGACUCACAUGUCCGGCGUAUAACCCACUUGGGCUACGUCUGCCUUAGCGUUAGAUUUUUAUAUUUAGUUCCGACAUUGUAACUGUUGUCCUCGAAAAGCCAUUGCUUCGCCAUAACAUACCCGCCUCAUGACGCUGUUCGUGAAAACAUCGACAUUAGAACGCAUGUACAUGACGCUGCCAAAAACCUUUGCUUGAAGAUAUUGAAUGUCGUGUGGAUGUCUGUAGCUGGGCGGAGGUCGUUAUCAGUGCGUCCAUCCCGUGCCGUGUGUUACACGCAAGCACACUCAUACAUUCUGUUCACUCACAACACAUUACAUACACACCAACAUAUAGAGAGACACCAUCAAGCAUCAACAUAUAGAGAGACACAAUCAAGCACCUACAUAUAGCGUGACACCAUCAAGCACCAACAUAUAGAGAGACACCAUCAAGCACCAACAUAUAGAGAGACACCAUCAAGCACCAACAUAUAGAGAGACACCAUCAAGCACCUACAUAUAGCGUGACACCAUCAAGCACCAACAUAUAGAGAGACACCAUCAAGCAUCAACAUAUAGAGAGACACAAUCAAGCACCUACAUAUAGCGUGACACCAUCAAGCAGCAAGAUGUACAGAGACAACAUCAAGCACCAACAUAUAGCGUGACACCAUCAAGCACCAACAUAUAGAGAGACACCAUCAAGCACCAACAUAUAGAGAGACACCAUCAAGCAGCAAGAUGUACAGAGACACCAUCAGGCACCAACAUAUAGCGCGACACCAUCAAGCACCAACAUAUAGCGUGACACCGUCAAGCACCAACAUAUAGAGAGACACCAUCAGGCACCAACAUAUGGAGACACCAUCAAGCACCUACAUAUAGAUAGACACCAUCAAUCACCAACAUAUAGCGUGACACCAUCAAGCACCAACAUAUAGAGAGACACAAUCAAGCACUAACAUAUAGCGGAACACCAUCAAGCACCAACAUAUAGAGAGACACCAUCAAGCACCAACAUAUAGCGUGACACCAUCAAGCACCAACAUAUAGAAAGACACCAUCAAGCACCAACAUAUAGAGAGACACAAUCAAGCACCUACAUAUAGCGUGACACCAUCAAGCACCAACAUAUAGAGAGACACCAUCAAGCACAAACAUAUAGAGAAACACCAUCACGCACCAACAUAUAGAGAGACACCAUCACGCACCAACAUAUAGCGUGACACCAUCAAGCACCAACAUAUAGAGAGACACCAUCAAGCACCAACAUAUAGAGAGACACAAUCAAGCACCAACAUAUAGCGUGACACCAUCAAGCACCAACAUAUAGAGAGACACCAUCAAGCACCAACAUAUAGAGAGACACCAUCAAUCACCAACAUAUAGCGUGACAACAUCAAGCACCAACACAUAGCGUGACACCGUCAAGCACCAACAUAUAUCGUGACACCAUCAAGCCUCAACCUAUAGCGCAACACCAUCAAGCACCAACAUAUAGAGAGACACCAUCAAGCACCAACAUAUAGAGAGACACCAUCAAGCACAGACAUACAAGAGAGACACCAUCAAGCACCAACAUAUAGAGAGACACCAUCAAGCACCAACAUAUAGCGUGACACCAUCAUGCACCAACAUAAAGAGAGACACCAUCAAGCACCAACAUAUAGAGAGACACCAGCAAUCACCAACAUAUAGCGUGACACCAUCAAGCACCAACAUAUAGAGAGACACCAUCAAGCACCAACAUAUAGCGUGACACCAUCAAGCACCAACAUAUAGCGUGACGCCAUCAAGCACCAACAUAUAGAGAGACACCAUCAAGCACCAACAUUUAGCGUGACACCAUCAAGCACCAACCUAUAGUGUGACACCAUCAAGCACCAACAUAUAGCGUGACACCAUCAAGUACCAACAUAUAGAGAGACACCAUCAAGCACCAACAUAUAGAGAGACACCAGCAAUCACAAACAUAUAGAGAGACACCAUCAAGCACCGACAUACAAGAGAGACACCAUCAAGCACCAACAUAUAGAGAGACACCAGCAAACACUAACAUAUAGCGUGACACCAUCAAGCACCUACAUAUAGCAUGACACCAUCAAGCACCAACAUAUAGAGAGACACCAUCAAGCACCAACAUAUAGCGUGACACCAUCAAGCACCUACACAUAGUGUGACAUCGUCAAGCACCAACAUAUAGCGUGACAUCAUCAAGCCUCAACCUAUAGCGCAACACCAUCAAGCACCAACAUAUAGAGAGACACCAUCAAGCACCAACAUAUAGCGUGACACCAUCAAGCCUCAACCUAUAGCGCAACACCAUCAAGCACCAACAUAUAGAGAGACACCAUCAAGCACCGACAUACAAGAGAGACACCAUCAAGCACCAACAUAUAGAAUGACACCAUCAAGUACCAACAUAUAUAGAGAGACACCAUCAAGCACCAACAUAUAACGUGACACCAUCAAGCACCAACAUAUAGCGUGACACCAUCAAGCCUCAACAUAUAGCGCAACACCAUGAAGCACCAACAUAUAGAGAGACACCAUCAAGCACCAACAUAUAGCGUGACACCAUCAAGCACCAACAUAUAGCGUGACACUAUCAAGCACCAACAUAUAGAGAGACACCAUCAAGCACCAACAUAUAGAGAGACACCAUCAAGCACCAACAUAUAGAAUGACACCAUCAAGCACCAACAUAUAGAGUGACACAAUCAAGCACCAACAUAUAGAGAGACCCCAUCAAGCACCAACAUAUAGAGAGACACCAAUCAAGCACCAACAUGUAGAGAGACACCAUCAAGCACCAACAUAUAGCAUGACACCAUCAAGCACCAACAUAUAGAACGACACCAUCACGCUCCAACAUAUAGAGAAACACCAUAAAGCACCAACAUAAAGAGAGACACCAUCAAGCACCAACAUAUAGAGAGACACCAUCAAGCACAACAUAUAGAAUGACACCAUCACGCUCCAACAUAUAGAGAGACCCCAUCAAGCACCAACAUAUAGAGAGACACCAAUCAUGCACCGACAUAUAGCGUGACACCAUCACGCACCGACAUAUAGAAUGACACCAUCAAGCACCAACAUAUAGAAUGACACCAUCACGCACCGACAUAUAGAAUGACACCAUCACGCACCGACAUAUAGAAUGACACCAUCACGCACCGACAUAUAGAAUGACACCAUCACGCACCGACAUAUAGAAUGACACCAUCACGCACCGACAUAUAGAAUGACACCAUCAAGCACCGACAUAUAGAAUGACACCAUCACGCACCGACAUAUAGAAUGACACCAUCACGCACCGACAUAUAGAAUGACACCAUCACGCACCGACAUAUAGAAUGACACCAUCACGCACCGACAUAUAGAAUGACACCAUCACGCACCGACAUAUAGAGAGACACCAUCACGCACCCACAUAUAGAAUGACACCAUCACGCACCGACAUAUAGCCGCACCGCCUGGUACUUCACCGACAUAUAGAAUGACACCAUCACGCACCGACAUAUAGCCGCACCGCCUGGUACUUCACCGACAUAUAGAAUGACACCAUCACGCACCGACAUAUAGCCGCACCGCCUGGUACUUCACCGACAUAUAGAAUGACACCAUCACGCACUGACAUAUAGCCGCACCGCCUGGUACUUCACCGACAUAUAGAAUGACACCAUCACGCACCGACAUAUAGCCGCACCGCCUGGUACUUCACCGACAUAUAGAAUGACACCAUCACGCACUGACAUAUAGCCGCACCGCCUGGUACUUCACCCACAAGAGUAACACAAUCAAGUGAAGCAGUUUCCUAUGCAAGACUGAAAGCCAUCAAUUAUUCAUCUGUGGUUUGCUAGACUUCAGCGUGGUGGUUUAGAUAAUGCGUAUAUUUAUAAUGAUAAUGUUUCCUGAUGUUUCCUGACAAUGCCAAGGCACUGCCCCGACACUGUGUACUGUUAUACAGUACGCACACUACCAGGAAACAUGUUGCCAGUGUGUACUGUCAUGAGGUUGUCACACUUCCAGCCACCCAGCUCAGAUCCUGUGCACUGUUACCCUGUGGAGUGUUGGUGCUUUGUUGUUGUGUGUGGUAAGCUUUUACUAUUAAAUGACAUAACGUAUUUGCUGCUGAAUGAUGCAAAUAUUUACACUCACUCCUCUAAGUCAAAAGACUACCCACAGCAAAUAAGCGUAGGUUUCCGUUUUCCGCGAACCUUCCGGAUAUCUUCCGGAAACAAAAUGCACCCCAAAUUCUUCACAUUUUUAAAGGUUUCCGGAAGGUAUCCGGACCGGAUUCUAAGUGGGAAGUUAUGAAAACAGAAACCUACACUUUUUUUGUUGUGACCAUAACUCGAGCUGUAUGAUAUCAACCGUUAACAGACAGUUUACCAAAGGAGGGGGUGGGAUCAGGGUCCUUUUUGACUCACUGGGAAUUUAAUAUAAAUUUUGCGGAAAACUUUGUAAUAAUGGUGUGAAAGUCAUGUUCAAAUGGUUGACUGGCCUUUGUUUUUUCUAACAAUUCCAAGUGUUUACUUUGGCAUUUUUAAAAACACCAGAAUAGUUACAAGGAACCUCCAAGGAUGAACUUUGCCCUGCCACGGGAGAUCUGACCAUGAACAAGUCCAUGACCCUUCACCAAUGACUCUACUGUUAACGUUGUUAUCUACUUCUCUUGAAACAAUCAGCUCGGGUCACCUUCUUGCUCAUGUUCAAGUAUUUCAAAAAUGCUUACUGACAACUUCUAAAUGCAGCUUAGUCGUGUGUAUACAUUUAGUUCCAAGACAUGCGUAAGUUAAAAUGAGCAAAGUCUAUCUCAUUCAUACACAUCUGAUAGCCAGGAAAAACGUACAACUUUGUGAAUAACUACUUCUGGUUUAUUGCGACGUUUCGAUGUAGAUUCUUACGCCGUUAUGCAGCUAUAUGCAAUAAACCAGUCGUUGUGUUCCACGUUGCACGUUUUUCAUACCUAUUUUGCCAACUUUUGAAGAUGUGCCCUCAUGUUGUCAUGUCCUCACAAUAUCGUGAUAUGAAAUUGUAAUUAAUAGAAUUUGUUUACAUAUUCGAUAUCUUAAGGUACAGUUAAAGGAAUUUACGACAUAAGCUGCUGAUCACAGCUAGACUUGUGGUAUACAUGCAUAUGCCGGUGAAGGGUAUUGCGUGAUGAAAGGGCGCAUGAGUCACAAUUGAGACCAAGUUUCCAUAGAAUGGCAAUUUUUGUGUACUAAGAUAUAUGUGUCUUUUUACGAUGAAAAUUUAUAUUUAUCCUGACAUCGUUACAUCCUCGAUUACCAAGGGUAUUAUAUCACCAUUCUAUUAUUAUUAUUAUUAUUAUUAACCUGUUUUGAGGCCGAUUCAAUGAACUUAACGCUAGGAAUAGCCGUUCAGUCAAGUGACACACGUGAGCGAGAGUAAUUCUCUGGGAGGCUACACUGUUCGGACUAAUUUCAAUGGGAGGCUAAACUGGUGAGCGUAAUGAAGAGGCUGACAUCAACUGGUAUGACGCGAGGCUAGGGGAGGGGACAGAGUAUUUAACAUGAUAAUGCUCUGGGCAAUCGAGGAUGGCAUCAUUACGAUAGAAGUUGCACUGUUAUUUGCCUAGAUAUAUAUAAUGUUGUACCCACAUGUAGACUACUCUGUGUUACGAUAUUAUACAGAUUUAUUUUACAUAUCACUAUGAGCACCUAUUUCCAUAUCAGAUGCCAUGUUACAAGCAGGAGGUAUGUAAUAUCAAACAUCCCGCCUGGAAGAGUAUCUGUGUUGGCUGUAGAGAAAUAUAUAUUUUCUUCAACACUCUAAUUACCCUAUAAUUAAUAAUUAGAAUGAGCAAAUUAACCCUUUAUAUAACAGGUGCAGAAUGUUUAAUAAGCAGAAGUGUUAAUGAUGAAUGUGUAACUCAAUACUUGCUGAUUUCUGGAAUGUAUUUAAGCUUCUAGUGACAAGAUGAGGCCAAAACACAAUUAGGUUCUACCUCAUACUGUGAAUAUUCUGACUUCGGAGCAUCCUUAAACUUGGGGAUGCAUCAGCAUCAGUGUAGCUCAUUUUUGUAUCGUCAGAUGUGGCUCACGUGACCGUCACGUGACCGACUACUGUGACUAACCGCACUUUUAUCUUAUGCGGGGAAAUAAAGGCUUUUAAUGUCU